AUGCCUUUUGGUGUAGAUCAGUGGAAUUUGAGAUGCUUGGUUGUCGCGACGACUCUGGUGACAACGCUCGCCACAUUCGGCCACGAACACGUGCACAUAAGGAUCCAUGUGCCAGAGAUAGUGCAGCAUGAUGAGAAGAAGAUUAUAAAAUAUGAGGAGCACGGCGGCGAUGAUCACGGAGGCGGGGGAGGUGGAGGAGGUCAUCACGUAGAAGUCACCGGGCCUGGAUUAGAAAUAGGAGGCCAUGGUGGCGGUGGUUACGGGGGAGGCGGAGGACACGGAGGAGGAUUUGGCGGUGGCCAUGGGGGUGGGUUCGGAGGAGGUUUCGGCGGUGGCCAUGGAGGAGGCCAUGGCGGAGGCUAUGGAGGAGGAGGAGGAUUCGGUGGAGGACACGACAUCGGUUUCGGCGGCGGCCAUGGAGGCGGCGGAGGUGGCCACGGAGACAUCAUCGUAACGAGUCCCGGAGUUGGUGGCGGAGGUUUCGGCGAUCACCACGGCGGCGGAGGCUUCGGAGGAGGUGGUGGUUACGGCGGCGGAGGCGGCCAUGGCGGCCACGGCGGCGGCGGUGGUGGCCACGGCGGAGGCUUCGGUGGCGGAGGGCAUGGAGGAGGGGGAUUUGGCGGCGAUCAUCACUCGUUUGGCUCUAGCGGCUAUGGAGGCGGAUCUUCAGGCUUUGGCAGCAGCGGCCAUGGCGGCGGUUACAGUUCCGGCGGCGGCUACGAUUCCUAUUCGAGCGGCCAUGGCGGCGGCGGCGGCGGCGGCGGCGGCGGUGGCAGUCAUGGCGGUUUUUCAGGCUACCACAAAAAGAAGUAA